AUGUCUCUCAUGUUGAAUCUCUUCAGACAGCUCCUGGAAUAUUUUGGCUUCCCCCUAGAACAGUUUACACCAAUAUGGGAAGCUCAUGCAAAUGGUCGAAGUAUUGUUCGAGUUAUAGUGACAAGUUUACCUUCAAAUCUUUUUUCAAGAACUGAUUUGUACCAGAUAUGUUCCACUAUUUUACCAUCAUGGGAAAAUAAGGAAUAUGGAUCUACUAGAAGUAUUGUUCGUAGCAUUGGGAAAAUUUUACCUUUAGAACCUUGUCCAAGGCCUAACUUUGAGUUGUUCCAAUACAUGAAGUCUUUAGACUAUGAUCAACAUAGAUCUGCUCUGAGCCCCAUAGUUCCAUCAUUUGCUGAUAUACUAUGUGUGGCAAAUGACGAAGCCAAACAUGACAGAUUUAGAAAUUGUAUAUGGGAAAAGUAUGAGGACAAAACCCAAUUUUUCAAUCCAAUGCCUCCACCUUUAAUUCCUUUGUCACCUGCUUCAAGUCAAAGAAUGCAAAUAAUCAAUGGUCUUCCUGUUACUAAAGCAGCAAUUAAAAAAAUAGCUGCCCUUCAAGAUGAACUAACUGUUCUUCGUUCCCAAAUUGCUGCAAUUGUUGCAUUGCAAGAGGCAGAAAACAAAUUAACUAUCGAUUCCUUGAAAUCAUACGAUAUACCUAGUAACUUGGGACCACUACCAUCUGUGACUUCUUCCACUUCUGUACCAGAUUGUUCUUCAACUUCAGUGGUCCACCCUCCACCUCCUCCACCUCCUCCACCUCCUCCACCUCUUCCACCUCUCCCACCUCCUCCAUCACCUCCACCAGGAUCUAAUAUCUGUGAUUCAGACAAUUCAACAGAUAGACUUAUAAAAGAGGUCCAUAUUGCAAAUAAGAACAACACUGACAAAUGUGCAGGAAACCAGAGAACUAAAGUUGUUCCCAGCAUGAUGGAUGUUCUAAAGGAUAUGGAUAAAGUCAAGCUGCGAGCUAUUGAACGGUCACCUGGAGGGAGACCCAUUCAUAAAACAAGAAGAGAAAUUUCAGAUUGGGAUCCAGUGUCUAUAAUUUCUCAUGCCCUUAAGAAGAAGUUUGCAUUCCAGGAAGAUGAUUCCUUUGAAAAAGAAGAUACAUCUUGGGACUCUUCAUUUUUCAGUCCUGAAGCUCCAAAGUUUGAACAUCGGAUCUUGCAGCCGAAUGGACAAUGUAUGGAAGAAGAAAUUGACAAAGUAUCACAAAGGAAGGAAGAAGAAAGGAAGGAAGAAGGAAAAGAGAAAGAUGAAAAGAAAGGAGCAAAGCAAAGACCCGAACUGAUGAGGAAAGAAUGUGGAGGAAAGUAGAAAGAGAAUAAAGCAAGACUUGUUUCUUCUUUCUGCUAAAGGACUCCCUGUCUCUCUAUCAUCUCUGUUUCUUUCUGCCUCUA